AUGCCGGCAAGGCCUCCAAAGGCAGAUGAUGAAUCUGGUAUACCAAAGUGCUCAGUUCAAGUUGUCUGGAAGAAAAAGCCUGACGAAGAGAUCGACAAGAAAAGCCUGGAUCUGCAGCAUCUUGACUUUGCUCUGGGGACAUCGAAGAAUGGUUUCUUUCGGGGAAGAAUCUUCGUGUUCAGAACUAAGAAUGUUGACGAGCUUGAGAUGUGGGUUGAAGGAAUACAACGAUUGUUGAGGUAUCACCAGGACACAGAGAUCGUGAACCUGAGCAGAUUUGAAAUGAUUCGAAAGACUGUGAGAUGGUUCUACGUGGGAGACAGAUGUCAGUUCGUUCUGGCAGCAGUGAUAGUCAGCAACUUCAUCUGCAAUAUCUUUGAGGCACAGAUGCACUCUGCUUCCGGCACAGACGAAGUGUUUGCCAUUUUGGAUGUGCUCUUCACGAUUUUUUUCACGAUUGAGUUACUCAUAAAUAUGUUUUCAACUUUCUUCUGGGAAUUUAUCUCAUCACGAUGGAAUUGGUUUGACAUGUGUGUUGUUCUGAUCUCUCUGAUCAGCGUGUUCAUAAACAAUCUUCCUGGUGCAAACGUGCUGCGACUGCUCCGUUGCUUUCGUGUCUUUCGACUUUUCAAUCGAAUCAAGAGCUUGAAAAUGGUUCUCUUAGCACUGACUGCUUCUAUUCCCCCUAUGGUGAAUGCUUUUGCGCUGGUCUGUCUUGUCAUUGCUAUUUAUUCCAUCGUUGCUGUUCAGUUUUUUAAACAGCAACAGCCCGAAUUGUUUGGUGAUUUCUUUACAAGUAUGUUCACCAUGUUUCAAGUGAUGACUCUAGACAACUGGUCUGAUAUUGUAAGAGCUCUUUGGCUGCAGACCAAUCAAGAAUUCGGUGUAGCAUGCUUCUUUUGCUCCUUUCAGUUGAUUGCAACCAUGGUUUUGUUGAACGUUGUCAUUGCUGUGCUUCUUGACAACUUUUCGGAUGCUUCUAGGGAAGAAGCAAUUCAAGAACAAAGUCAGUUUUCUUUCAAUGCAGAUUACACUCUAGCAAGAAUGGUGAAUUCUAUCAGCAAUGCUCGCGACAGCUACGAGCUUGAGGUUCAGAUUGACUCCUUGUUCGACAAGCUCUUGCAACUCAAUCGUGAUAGGAUAAUGCAGACUUUGACUUCGACUCCUUCAGAACUCAAGAGAUUGGGUUACUUUUUCAAUCGCUGGAGAUGCAGAGGCAUAGAAAGGGUUCAGAAGAACAAAUUGUCUUUCAUGCAGUUUAGAAAUGGAUUCAAGAUGAUGAGGUUCAUUCCCCCAAUCAUUAUCACUCAAGACUUUUGGAAGAAAAACGUUCAGAGUGCUGGCUUGUGCGAUCGGCAAGGUCUGCUCCCCAGAAGCUCAUUUCAUACACUUUUGAAAUGUAUGCUCCGACAGCAUGACAGUAGCCUGAUCAACUUUGCGAUGGAGAUGAACUUUCAAACUGAAAAGGAUCAUGCUGCACGUGUCAUUUCUGCUGUUCUCGCUGUUAUUUGCGAUGAUCCAGCAAAGGGCAUUCAUUUGCAUCGCGCGGCUUCCGAAAACUGGACUGAAAUACACAAUAUGCUUGAUAGUCCGACGGAGACAAAAUUGAUGGAGACUUUAUCAGCCAAACUGAAUUCCAUGCAUGAGCGGUUGGAUAAGAUAGAAACGGAGCUGAGGGAGAAUACCCCUCGGAAAAUGCACGCGGCAAUUAAAGAGUCGAUUGGUAAUGGGCACACGAAGCUCAAGGCUAACGGAACUCACAACCUUGUCUCCUCCAACGGGGUGCAUCUGUCACGUAGGCGGGGAUCUCAAGCGACCACCGGAGUAUCCCAAAAGGUCGAUCGCAAGGUCAAUCAUAAAUCGUCAGACCUGACAGAGAUCAAUCGUCAACUUCAACAGUCAGACCUGACAGAGAUCAAUCGUCAACAUCAACAGUCAGACCUGACAGAGAUCAAUGAUCAGCGUUCAUCUGUUCCCGAAGAGAUAAAGCAAGAGAAUGAAGUCAAACGAGUCAUCGAAACCUCCCAGGUCAGCUUGGAGACACAGGAUGUGCAUAUGAACAUAUCGGCGCACCCCAUGCUCGACACCCCCAAGGGCCCUGUGAAUCAAUUCAUUGAUGGUCUAGUGGAAGGAAUUCUCAGUAUCGGCAAGUCAGUGAGAAGUUCUGCAUAG